AACAGAAAGCGCGGUAGGGCCAGGGUCCGGGCCUGGGCGCCUCGGGGGCGUUGUCGCCCAAGCCUGGCACCAUGGACAAAACCAUCACUCCUGGGGAGCUGCUGUGUCUGGGCUCCAGCCUCGCCUUCUCUGGCCUCUUCUACUACCUGUACAGGAGGAAAGCCAGAGUCGUGGCACGCAUACAGGAGGCCCCAAAGCUCCAGGUCGAUGACAAUUUGCCCGCCCUGGUGUCUGCAGCUGAGGGGAGGUGCCUGCCUUAUGUUGCCCUGGAAGGCAUAGUGCUGCCAGCCCAGGCUGUACUGACCAGCCACUACCAUGAGGGGCUGCAGGGCGUGAUCCAGAAACUGCUGCUGAAGGAGCAUCGGCUGAUCUGGAACAGCUUGGCCCGAAGCUGGAGCGAGAGCGAGCGGGUGCUCUCAGAGCAGAUCUACACCGUCCCCUUCCUGCUGGCCUCGCCAAGCCCUGAGGCAGUGACACAGGUGAGUGUGGACAGCCCGCUCCAAGCCGUCUGCCUGCCCCUGGAGAUGGUGUACGAGCGCUUCCAGCAGCCGACCCACAGCUUCCGCGACCUGCUGGGCCAGUACCUGAUCGGGGAGAAGCCCAAGGGCAUCCUGGAGACAGAGGAGAUGCUGCGGGUGGGGGCUGGGCUGACAGGCAUCGGGGAGCUGUCCCUGCAACCCGACGGCUCCCUGCACCUCCAGCCGCCGGCGCAGGGAGGAGAGUUUUUCCUGUGCCUGGGGGACUGGCAGACGGUGCUGUCGGAUCUGGAGUCGGCCAGUGGGCUCUGGAAGGGGGCAGCAUGGCUGUGUGCGGCAGCGGGGCUGGCCGCCCUCCUGCACAUCCUGUGCCGUGCCUACCGCCGCUCCCGCCCCAAGCAGCAACAGGAGAACAAGGAGCUGGAUGGGGAGCAGGCCAGGGACCGGCCGCCCGAGGACUCCUGCGUGGUCUGCCUGUGUCGGCCCCGUGAGUGCGUCCUCCUGGGCUGCGGCCACAUCUGCUGCUGCUUCCACUGCUUCCAAGCCUUGCCCACCCGCUUCUGCCCCAUCUGCCGGGGUCCCAUUGACCGCGUGGUGCCCCUCUACCAGGCCUGAGAGCACCAGCGAGGGGCAGUGUGAACUGGGCCAAGCCUGGAGCCUGCAGAAAUCUCAGCUGUCUCCUCAUGUGCAGCAGUGCAAUUUUGUUUUGGAAGGGAGGGGUCUUGGUGCGUCCUUCAAUCUCUUUUGGGGAGGGGAGCAGUUACAGCCUCCUCAUCCUCCCUUUGUCUGCCAGAAAGAUCUCCCUAAACAUGAAGGCUUGGGAAAAAUCUACACAAUGCCUGAACUGAGGAGCCGAGACCCCAACCCCACACUGGGGCACCGCUUUGGCUGCCAGCUAUUGGACUUGUGUCUCUUUCUGAGCGAUGACCCCCUCAAAGCCA